CGAGGCCGAGUGCUGCGCAAUACCGUAGAAAUGGUUACCUCCGAUGUGGCAGUACGAUCUGCGGCUAUGGUGUUUACUCGUUCUUGUGCGCUCGACAACAUGAUAGGAGCUUGCUCUGCAGGUCGGCCUCCCGCCAUAGGCGCAACCCACAGUUCUGGUAUAGCAAGGCUGGAUGCAUGCCACAGUUGCUACCUGAUUCUGGCGUGGGGCCAAGCGCACAGCCUCAAGAAGUCGUGGGUUUUUAUCAGGCGCGGGUCACUUUUAUGUCGAGCAGCUUGUGACUACAGUGAACAAAUAUCCGUUUUGAAAGAAGCAUGGAGCCCGUCUCGACAGACUGGAGAUGAACCUUCUCCGCCUCGAAGGAGAGCAGCGCGAGUCGAGAUUACGCGGAGAGCUUGACGUGUUGCGACAAGGGCUGGAGAAGUGUAUUUAGGAGACCAUGAAAAAGCAAUCUGCAAGCGAACAAAGUCGAACAAGGUGGGCCAGCAGACGUCACAAAUGCCAUCUACAGACUCUGGGCAGAGAAAGAGACUGUCUUGGAGAAGAUCUCGGCAAGGUGUCAGACAACCUGCCUGAACGUACAUUGCGCUCACACCGGAUGCAGGCAAAUCUAGCUUUGCUCUCUGCAGGUGAGCCUCGUGCC